CCUGCCCGAUGUUUAGCCUAGAUGGUGUCAACAAAGUUUAAGAUAUGAAUCUUGCAAAGGACUAUAACAAGAAUUGACAUAAAGAAAAAUUGAUGAAGUUUAGGCCUAGUCUUUUGGUAGUAGAUUAUAGUGGAACUUCAGCGGAGUUCCAUUGGACUUCGACCUCCAUUGAACAACCUACCUGACAGGCACAACGAGGAAGUGUUGACAGUCGCAUCAGUUGAACGGGAAGCCAUUUCACCUAUAGCAAUUGGCAACCUCACUUGUUUCCUAAGCUUACGGCUAGCCUUCGUGUGUGGCUUUCUUGUGUGAAUCCUACUCACUGAAAUAUUUUAGGUUAGCUUAUUUGCUUCUUUCCUCACUUUUACCUAGUCGGGGAUAAUCACUUUUUUUAAAAGCCUACUUCAACGUUGGGAACUUUCUUUCAAACUGGACAAUAAUUCGAAAAACGGAAGUCUGUAAAGAUGAACAUGUCUACUGAGGGCAACGUGACUACUCUACUGGAUAUAGUAAACAACACAGAGGCACUGUCACAUUUGUCAUCAAUAGUGGCAAACCUGACAGAUAAGCCUGACAUGGCAUCAACCAGAUCCGAGAAUGAUACUAUCCCGAAAGAUAAUGACAUCUUCUUGAACACCACCAUUGCUCAAGCACUCUCUGGGAUUUUUGUGUGGUCAGCUCUGCUUAUCACUUGUCAUCAGAUCUACUCCCACCUGAGAUCGUACACCACGCCUAAUGAGCAGCGCUACAUCAUCCGCAUUCUCUUCAUCGUGCCCAUCUACGCCUUCGACUCUUGGCUCAGCCUCCUCUUCAUCAGCAACGACCAGUACUACGUCUACUUCGACUCCAUCCGAGACUGUUAUGAAGCGUUUGUCAUUUACAACUUCCUGAGCCUGUCCUUUGAGUACCUGGGGGGAGAGAGCGCCAUCAUGGCCGAGAUUCGAGGGAAGCCCAUUCAGUCUAGCUGCUUAUACGGCACUUGCUGUUUGGUGGGAACGAGUUAUUCCAUUGGGUUUCUGCGGUUCUGCAAACAGGCUACCCUUCAGUUCUGUGUGGUGAAACCAAUCAUGGCCGUCAUCACCAUCCUCUUGCAGGCCUUCGGCAAGUACCACGACGGAGACUUUAAUGUGACAGGUGGCUACCUCUACAUCACCAUCAUCUACAACUUCUCGGUCAGCCUGGCGUUGUACGCACUCUUCCUCUUCUUCUUCGCCACCAGUGACCUGCUGCGGCCCUACGAGCCCGUGCUCAAGUUCCUCACCAUCAAAUCGGUCAUCUUCCUCUCCUUCUGGCAAGGCAUGGUUCUGGCUAUUUUGGAGCGCUGUGGCGUCAUCCCAAAUGUGCAGGUGAUCGACGGCCACGAGGUGGGAGCGGGCACCGUGGCGGCCGGCUGGCAGAACUUCAUCAUCUGCAUAGAGAUGUUCUUCGCCGCCAUCGCCCUCCGCUACGCCUUCACCGACAGUGUCUACCAGCAGAAGAAGGAAACCGAUGCCAUACAUAACAUCGCCCCCAUGCACAGCAUCUCCAGUGGGCUGAAGGAGACCAUCAACCCUGGGGACAUGGUCCAGGACGCCAUCCACAACUUCUCCCCCGCGUACCAGCAGUACACCCAGCAGUCCACGCAGGAGGUGGUGCAGCCCAGUCAGAACGGCAAGCCCGGGGUGGGCACCGCCAAGAGUGGCAAGAAGGCCGACAAAAUCAUGCUGAUCGCCUCCGAUGAUGAGUUCUAAUGAGCCGCUCACCUGUAGGGAAGCGUCCUGGGCUUCCUCUGCAUCAACAUCCACCAGCUGAGACGAGCAGAGGGACUUUUCCCCUCAGACUCUUUUUAUUAUUUAAUGAACCCAACCCCCACCGCCCUAUGUUAUUCUUACUUUUAAUUGACUGUACACACGGAGUGACUGACACUGUUCCCAUUCGUGGUUUGAUUGAGAUUCUACAGAUAUUUGCACAAGCAUGAGACACUCUGGAGUUUUCCUUUUCAUCUGCUUGACAGGUGCACUUGUAACCUUGACGUGGAUACAGGCUGAUGGCGGCGGGCAGACAGAGCGGAUUUGAGUGGCAUGGAACGAGACAACGCCUGCCACACUUUUUUUAGCACUGUCCCUCCGCCUCUCCCGUCCGUCCGUCUGUCCGUUCCUCGGUCCGAUCUCUCCACCUCUCUGCCACCUUGGCACUGACGGAGCGCCCGGCCGAUGGAGUGUGCACUAGACUGCCUGAUGGCCCUUCUGUUUGUGUGCACGCUGGCUGAUAAAUGCGUGCUAUCAGGAGCAAAGAGAUGCUAAAAGGCAGUGGCGGCGGCGGUGGUGAUGAUGGGGCCCGUUGGCUGGAACUGGCACCGUCGAGCGACUGGCUCCUUGAGUCUGGAUGGUCCUUUUCAGAAGUGGCCGCUCACCAGCCCACUACUACUGGCUCCCCCCGCUGAUCUCUCAGACACACGCUGGCUUCGGAAGGAGCCUCUUCAUGAUGUUGACUGGGGCCCUUUUGAAAGCCCUUUGUGCUGUUAUGUGUGGCUCAAACAGGCAGAGAUAAGCACUGGAUCUGGAAGACUGGUUGGGGGGCUGUCUCUGCCACUCUCAUUAAAUAUCCCAGCAUGACUUAAUGUGUAUUCAAAUUCAGCAGACUCGUGUGUGUUUUUAAAGGAAUAUGUAUGUACAAUACGUGUCAUCGUGGAUAUUUGGAUGGUUUCGGAUGUGUUGCAGGAACCAUUGUUGUGUAUGCCUGACAUCUCAGCCGGCUGUUGAAUAAAUAAUUUAAGAUGCAAAAUUAAUUUUCUUUUAUGCUUUUGUUUGUGUUGCACAAGUAUAGCAUAAUUAAGCAACAACACUUUAUAUGUUUGGAAAUACAGGGCAUGUUGUUUUAUUCUGAUUUAGUAGCUUGUGUAAUGUUAUUUGUAGUUUAAUGUAAGCCAUAUUUAUCAUUAUUAAUUCAAUACCAAAGUGUUUCUGGCCUAGAUAGUGCUGGCCGACCAUCCUGUAAAAAGAGGUUAUUUGAAUGUGUUAAUGUAGUUGGAGAAUUGUAUUAAGUCGGGGAGAAGAAUUUCAUCCAGUGGGAUCACAAGGAGGUAUCUGAGCAACAAUGUCUGGUCGAUUUCUGUUUGUUUUCUGUACAUAAAACGUGCCAAUAUUUCUGCCUUAUAAACAAGGUUAAAUGUCAUGGAAAUAUGGAAUAAACUAAUGAUCUGA